GCUCCUUGUUUGCCUUCAUUUUUGAACUGAGCUGUGAGCGAACCGCUCGUCUGGAGAAUUCAGCUGCUGAUUAUUGGACCGGUUCUAUCCGGCAGAGCAACAUGCGCUGAUCCGACUUUUAGCUCUUAUUUCUCUGCUUCGCUGCGUUUCCAGAGGAGUUAAACCCAUUAACCGUGUUAGCUUAGCAGUUAGCACCUUUAGCUAGAGAGCUAGUCGGAGCUGUCAUGACUGACAGCAGAAGGCUACGGUGUGAGGACCCCAGGCUGGCUGCCAUGGCUGACUGCAGCAUGAUGUGUUCAGGGACAGCCUCAGCUCUGCUGGCUGAUUCCUCAGUCUGUGACUCCAGGAUGAUGGAAACUACCAGGGACCAGGCCUUCCUCAGCCUGGCCUGUGAGGAGGAUGGAGGAGAAAUGCUGCCGAAAGUGGAAACACGAGUAGUUCUGGUGGGAGAAGCAGGAAGAAAUGACGCUCUGCUCAAAGCUCUGGAGGCCAUCAGAGUGAUGGAGGUUCCUGAAGUAAAGAUCAGAGAAGGCGAGGCGGGCUCCGAGGAGAAAAUGAUCAAAUCUAUAGUCCCUAUGGAAAUCAAGGCUCCCGUCAUAAAGACGGACGACGUCCAGGGAUUUGAAGACGGGGCGGAUUAUGAGACGGUGUUUGUCCUCCCAGACUUUAACUCUGCUGAUUACAGCUACCUUUACAAACAGGAGCAGCGCAUCGUCGGCCCUCCGUUUGUUCUGCACUGCGCUGCAAAGGAAGAGCCCCUCCAUUUUUCAUGCCGUCCCAUUUACUGCACGGCCAUGCUGACCCUGACGCUGUGCUUCACUGGCUUCAGGAACAAGGAGCAAAUGAGAAAACUGGUGAAUUUGGUUCAUCAUAUGGGCGGAACAAUCCGGAAAGACUUUAGCACCAAGGUCACUCAUCUGGUUGCCUGCUCCACUAAUGGAGAGAAAUACAGGCUGGCGGUGUGUCUGGGGACGCCCAUCGUCUGUCCAUCUUGGAUUGAGGAGGCGUGGGAGAGAAGAGAUGAUGUGCAUUUCCACGCCAGCCAGGAGGAUUUCCGAUCAGAGUUCAAAGUGCCGCCCUUCCAGAACUGUGUCCUCUGCUUUUUGGGUUUCUCAGAGGAAGAGAAGGCCAACAUGCAGGAGAGGACUCUGAAACACGGUGGAGGACAUGCUGAGCUGGGAGAUGAGCAGUGCACUCACAUGGUGGUGGAGGAGAACUCGGUGAAGGACCUCCCUGCACCUCCUUCUAAGGCGCUCUAUGUGGUCAAACAGGAGUGGUUCUGGGGAAGCAUUCAGAUGGACGCGCGAGCUGAUGAGUCCAUGUACCUGUAUGAAAAGAACGACAGCCCCGCCAUGAAGAAAGCUGUCUCCCUGCUGUCCCUCGCCACGCCCAGCAGUAACCGCAAGCGCCGGCGUCUCAGGGACACUCUUGCUCAGCUCACCAAGGAAACUGGAAUGUCUCCCUUCCCGCCACCACGCAAAAGACCAUCAGCAGAGCACUCCCUGUCCAGCGGCUCUCUGCUGGACAUCUCAAACACCCCAGAGACCUGCAAGGCCUUAGGAGAAGACAGAGUAGGGGACAGUGCUGUGGCCAGGGAUAGGAUGAGAAGAAGGAAAACCAAAGACAGGAAAAGUAGGUCAGACAGGGAAAAGAGGGGAAAAAGGUCCCACCUGGGAGCGCAUACCUGCCAGCAGACACCUGAAGAUCAGCAGGAAGGAGCGUCUGCAGAGAGUUCAACUCCAGCUGUUUCCAAGCAGUCAGCCCGGUGGCAGGUCUCCAAGGAGCUCUGUCAGACCGAGAGCAACUAUGUAGACAUUUUAAACACCAUCCUACAGCUUUUCAAGCAUCCAUUAGAGAAAGAGGGCCAACUAGGCGGCCCCAUCUUGGCUCCAGAGGAAAUUAAGACCAUUUUUGGCAGCAUCCCAGAAAUCUAUGAGGUUCACACCAAAAUAGAGAACGACCUGGAGGAGCUCCUAACCGACUGGUCAGAAGGACGAAGUGUUGGAGAUAUCUUUCUCAAAUAUUCAAAGGAGUUGGUGAAGGCCUAUCCCCCUUUUGUCAAUUUCUUUGAGAUGAGCAAAGAGACCAUUGUUCGAUGUGAAAAACAGAAGCCCCGCUUCCACGCCUUCCUGAAGAUCAACCAGGCCAAGCCGGAGUGCGGCAGACAGACGCUGGCAGAGCUGCUCAUCAGACCAGUGCAGAGGCUGCCCAGUGUGGCGCUCCUCCUUAACGACAUAAAGAAACACACGUCAGAUGAUAACCCAGACAAGAUAACCCUGGAAAGAGCCAUAGAGUCUCUGAAGGAAGUGAUGACUCACAUCAACGAGGACAAGAGGAAGACUGAAGGCCAGAAGCAGAUCUUUGAUGUGGUCUAUGAAGUUGAUGGAUGUCCUGCCAACCUGCUGUCCUCCCAUCGAACCCUGGUGCUCCGGGUGGAAACCAUCGCCCUGGGCGACGAGCCCUGCGACCGCGGGGAAAAUGUCACCCUCUUCCUGUUUAACGACUGCCUAGAGAUUGCGAGGAAACGUCACAAGGUGAUGAAAGGUCCGCUGGGUCAGACGAGGCCGCCCCCCCCUCUGAAGCACAUAGCUCUGAUGCCGCUGUCGCAGAUUCGCAGAGUGCUGGACCUGCAGGACACGGAGGAGUGUGUCAAUGCCUUCGCCUUGGUGGUGCGCCCCCCCACCGAACAGGAGAACUUGUUGUUCAGCUUCCAGCUGGCCGGAGAGGCCACGGUUAAAAGCGACUGGCUGCGUCUUCUGUGUCGUCACGUUGCCAACACCAUCUGCAGAGCCGAUUCGGAGGAUCUUAUUCAUUGCAUAGAACCAGACAAACUGCAGGUCAGCACCAAGGACAUGGGCAGCACUCUGAGCAAAGCCUCCAGAGCCAUUAAGAAGACUUCAAAAAAGGUAACGAGGGCCUUUUCUUUCACCAAGACGCCCAAGCGUGUGAUCCAGAGGGCGUUCCUGGCCAACACGCCCCCCGAUGAGAAAACCCCCAGGCUGAGCUGUGAGAGCCUGGCCUGCAGCAGCGCCACGCUGGCGAUGCCUCGUUCUGCAUCCACAUUCAGUCUGACUGAAUCCACCAGAAACAGUACGGUGGUUCAUCGCUCCAACUCUCUGGAUCACCCCCCCCUCAAAGCCAGAAUCCCUGUGUGCAUCCGAACCCCCUGUACCCCGGCCAAAAGGCCGUCCUCCCACAUGUUCUCUGAGUCCUCCAAAGGCCCUGAUCCAGUUAACGUCAAAGAGAACAAGUCCAGCUCAAUAAUCCCCCCCCCUCCACAGAAACCCGCUCUAUCAGCAGCUGCCAGCUCCCCUCAGCUUAGCGAUAUCCAGGAUGUCUGUAGACCGCUGCCUCCCGGAGCUGCGGCGCCUCAAACCGUCCACAUGAAAACCAGGAGCUUUACGGAUUGGGUCAGAGAUCCGCAGACGGAGCCGUGCAGCGCCGUCCCCGCCAGUCCUCACCGAGAGACUCUGAUCUAAAGCGCCGCAGAGUUCAGAGCAUGCUCGCCACUCCCCCUCCAUGGUCAAUCUGCCCUCCAUGUUUGAGAAGAGGUACCACACCUUCACCCGGUCGACCACCCACCUCCUCUGAAUGCAGCUGGUUUGAUCGACCCGCCUUCAUCUACCAGCAAGAUAAACUGCUAACAGCUGCAGCUCUGAAUGUUCUACAGACAGGAAAUGGACAGAAUUCUGGAGGCGGAGCUCGUUAGCUGCAGAGACACUCUUUACAGACAGGAAAUGGACAGAAUUCUGGAGGCGGAGCUCGUUAGCUGCAGAGACACUCUUUACAGACAGGAAAUGGACAGAAUUCUGGAGGCGGAGCUCGUUAGCUGCAGAGACACUCUUUACAGACAGGAAAUGGACAGAAUUCUGGAGGCGGAGCUCGUUAGCUGCAGAGACACUCUUUACAGACAGGAAAUGGACAGAAUUCUGAAGGCGGAGCUCGUUAGCUGCAGCGACACUCUUAACAGACAGGAAAUGGACAGAAUUCUGGAGGCGGAGCUUGUUAGCUGCAGAGACACUCUUUACAGACAGGAAAUGGACAGAAUUCUGGAGGCGGAGCUUGUUAGCUGCAGCGACACUGAUAUUCUGCAGCAUCAACCUUUUCAGUUUUACGAUGAGAGGAAGAGGAUGAAAUGAUUGUUCUUCAUCUGGAUGCAGGUUUAGGAGCUCAGUCAGGGUUCAGUCCACAUCCAUACCUUAUCAUUGGGGGGGGGGGCAGAAAACCCUGCAGCCUUAAAAAAAGAAAUGAAGGAGACUGUUAGCUUAGCUAAUGUCCUAAAUUAGCGCAAACACCUUUGGUUCAUUUGAUUGUUUUUUCCCCUGUCCCUGUCGGACGUCCUCCGCCGGGGGACGGACGUCCUCCGCCGGGGGACGGACGUCCUCCGCCGGGGGAAGUCCUCCACAGUUAGCAUAAUUUUUCCCUUUUUAACUGACGUGUUGAUAGUAAGCGUAGAGCAGGAGCACAUAGAUGCUAACGGUCUUCCUUCAGGUGUCUCUGGAAUCAAACAUUCGUUUGCUAAUUUAAUAUUCGUUUCAUAUUUGAGGCUUUUCUGAUUUUCUAAUCUUCAGGAAAUGAAAGUUUAUUCCUUUUUUAAAGAUCUUUUUGUGACAGACUUCUAUAUUAACUGACCUUCAUGUUGACCUUCUGCCGUUUCCAGCUUUUAUAAAGCUGUUCUAUGUGGUUAGGAAGAAUAAAUCCGGGUAGGGAGGUUCUAUCAGUGUACAUAUUUAUUUUUAUGAACAGUUCAGCUGUGGCUUAACUUUUAUUUCUAUUUAUGUUCAUUCCGAUAGUGUCUGUCAUUUUCUUUGGCUGUUUGAUUUGUGCCUAGAUAUUUUAUCUCACAUUAAAUGCACUUAAAUAUGUUUGUUUUUUUCCACUGUGUGUCGUUUGUCGCCGGCGUUGAAGAAAACUUCCUCCUCACUAACGUAGAAGGCGCUGCCGGCUAAAUCAGGCUAAUUACUGCUGUCAAAAUAAAAUUCUUUCAUUUUUGAAAAAA